CUCCAAAGAAAGAAAAAAAGAAAGAAGAAGCUAAGCAAAGCAAAAAACAGCCAGAAGACAGCUCAGAGAACUCAGAAGAUGAAGACUCUGUGAGCUCAGAGGAGGCCAGCACAGAAAAGAAAGUGCAAAAUAGCAAGAAAAGUAGCAAAGAUCCCAAAAAGAGCAAAAAUGAAAAGAAGAGUAAUGAUAGUGAUACUGACGGUGACACUGAAGAUGAAAAGGACAGAGAAGAUGAAGAGGUUAGAAAGGACACUAAGGAUAGUAAAAAGGGCAAUAAAGAUAUCAAAGAUAAGAAAGAUUCUAGAUCAGAUGAUGAGAAAGAUUCUAAGAAAGACAAAAAGAGUAAAAAGGACAAGAAGAGUAAAAAGGACAAAAAAGGCAAGAAAGAUGAUGAGGAUGACACUAAAGAUAAAAAAAGCAAGAAGAAGAAAGACGCUAAGAAAGAUAAAAAGGGUAAAAUAGUAGGAAAUGAAAAGCGGAUAAAAUCUGAAAAGAAAGAAGACGGCCACAUAAUUAGUGAAGAGAUUAGGCAAGGAACGGCCACCGAAAUAGACGGCAAAGAGAGCACAAAAAAAGACACUAAGACAGUAAACCUGACGAUAAGACACGACUCAGAGGAUGCUACACUGAAGCCCAUCACUACAGAAAUGCUGGGAAGACAGGAUGCAUUAUACGGCACUACCCUGCUUGAAAAGUCAAAAAGCAAAUUACUAAUUGAUUUUAAAAAAAUAUCAAAGCCUCACCACGAAACAGAGGAAAGCCUCAAACGGCUCGCCAGAGCAGACCAAAUACUUGCAAGACUCACUUUGUACUACAGCAGAAACAAGAGCUUCCUUUCAAAGGUAGAUCUGCUGGUGAAAACAGCAAAAAAGCUUAGCACAGCUUCAAUACAGAGAAUAUUCCUGCAUGUGCUGCACAAACUGGACAACCCAUACAUUGUCCUGUACGUUCUAUCUAAAUUCAACCAGGGACCCGUCUUUCUGUCCGAUGACUGUGCUGUUCAGCUGGCUCUGUUUAUCCGGUCCAUCAAAGAAAUACAUUUGGAGAACAUUCCGUACUCAAAAAUAAUUAGAGAACUCUUUGCGACAUGCGUCAUGCCAGAUGUAACGGUGGAGCACGCAUAUGGCAUACUUUCUGAGGUAGAGCAGGAUGGAUCUGUGCAGUCGCUUAUGAUAGAUCUUUACGGGCGGAUGCACAUUGUAAACUACUACAAAGAGCUGUGCGCCGGCUUAUUCAUCAGAAACAUCAGCAGAAAUUUAAUGUAUUCGGUUAUCUACACGAUCAGCGACCAAAGAGUGGCAAAUGACGGGCUGAAUUUAAUGUUUGAAAAGCUAAAUGAAUAUGCAGCAAACACCAUCGUAGAGAAGAAUGUAGUCUCAUUUGCGCGCACUAUCUGGGCCCUGCUCACAGUGCACAUGGAUGCCCUUGAUGACCGGUUUACUGCAAUUAUAAACUACAUAAGAUACUUCUGCAAUGCGUUCACAGACACUUCGUGCGAGUUCUUCACAGACAAAGAUGCGUCAGAUAUAAUCGAUACAAUCGACUUACUGGCUAGCACAGCCAUCAACAGAAGCAUCCACAUACGCGAAAGCGGAAACAGCGCAAAAGGAGACAAAAGUGGCCAUAUCAUACAGAAUGACAUUAAAAAGAAAGAAAUACUAAAGAAAAAAGAGGUACGGAUUAUCCCAGAAAUGGAAAACGUAAAGUAUUCCGAUGAUUCAGAAGAAGUAGAUGAUAAGCCAGAAGAAGGAGACAAUGUGAGCGUAAAGAGCAGCACAAGCACAGCAGAGAGCAGCCCCGGCACAGAGGAUAGACUGAACAAUGUAAGCAUAAACCAGGAGAAACUACUCGUGUUCACUACAAUGAUAAAUGAGCAGUACAAAUCCGUGUACAAAAAAGUAGAAGAAGCCGUUAAAUGGCAAAAAAGGCCAACAUAUGAUACACUGUUGUACGCCAUGUCGCACAUCAAGAUACUUCAUAUCUUACUCUAUCUUUCCAGGCUCUGUGGAUCGACUGAGAUUCUUGUGCCAAACCACUACAAUCUGCUUCUAUCAAUCGAUGCUCCCACAAACUUUGACGCCAAGAAGUAUGAUGGCACGCAGAGCCUUCUAGACAAAAUAUUUUCUGAAAAAUGGAACUCACUUGGGUUUCUUCUGAAAGAGGGCCUCGCUUCUUCUGCAGACCCAAACUUUUCUCGAGACUUGCUGCGGCAAAAGUCUCCCUACCUUCUGUUCCAGAAAAUAUCAGCAAGCGUGCACCUAUUCAACUUCCCGCCUAUUUCUGUGUUUCUGGAAAGCGGCCAUAUUUACGACUCCAUCUAUCUCCAAACCCUUCCAAAGUAUGCGCUGCACAAGAACUUCCUGGUUUCUCUCAAAAAAAUAGUGCGCACCUUUAUCAGCAAAGUGGAAAAAGAGGCGCUGGCUCUUCUUGUGCGCAGACUGAUAGAGCUGGACGGAUUCUACACGGAAAGAGAGAUAAAAGAGGGAAGAAAAAAGGCGCAGGACCCAAACAGCUAUGCAGCCGUGAAGAGCUCAGUUAGGGAAACAAUUGCGUCUGUUUUUUUGACAGAAAUGGACCUAUCUGCUAUUAACGGAGUAAACCUGACAGUUGACAGCAGGGCAAAAGACAGCUACGAUGCAGUUGAUGUGAAGCUCUAUGAAGUAAAAGAGUUCAACCCGGUGACAAACAAAGAAGAGUACAAAAUAACAGAAGAGAUUCUCUUUAAGCGGUUUGGAACAGACAGGCACGAAGAAAUCCAAGGCGCAAAGGCGUACAACAAGUCUUCAAAAGAAGGAAAGAACAUAGACCAGAAAAGACAGAAGAUCAUUUUUGAUUUUAUAGCAACCAUCAACGAGAUGAAACUGUCUGAUAAGUUUGUUAUGGCGCUGAUAAAACUUCCAAGCGUAUCAAAAGUAGAUGAUAAGCUGCUACUGUACAUCGUAAAGACCGUUACGUAUGCCAUGAGCAGGCUGAGUCUCUCCGAAAAAACAAUAGAUGCGAUGCAAGAGUUUGCAGAAAAGAACCUGCACAGCACAACCUCAGAAAGCAUCAAAGAGGCGUCAAAGUAUCUGUUUAUAAAGACUAGCACGUCUUCAGAGGAUAAGCUAGCAGUCAAAUACAAAACAUACAACGGCCUUGUGAUUUCUCUGAUCAUACUGAUCACCUCAAACAAAGGAAGUCUUGAAAAGAUGAAAAACAGCUUUUUCAGCAUGUGCGCUGACUUGAAGGAGUAUGAAAGAAACGAGCUUCUUCUGCUCUUCGGAGAGGCAGGCGUAAAAAUAUCAAAGAAUCUAGUAGGAAAGUCCGAAGAGCUGGAGAAGUACAAAGCAGCCAAGGUGUCGCUAACUUCUUUCCCCAUUCUCGAAUAA